AUGGCCCGCAGUCUGCCCAACGGCACAUCUGACGCGUCUCACGCCCCUGACGCAACGGUAGACUCUGACCUCGAGCUGACGCCAGGCGCCGAGGCCACCUCGCCCUCUCCAGACCCCGAAGCCGACGACCCCGGCGCCCGCACGCACGCCGACACCCUCGCGCAAGCGUACAUCCCCACCAUUGUCCCGUCGUUCGCGUAUGCCCCGCCGCCCGAGAACCUGGCCGUGCCGGCGUGGGUCGGCGCCUCGGAGCACAACGCACUGCCGAGGCGGCGGCGCGUGCCCCCCGAGCAGGAUCCGCGGCGGGUGCGCACGCCCGCUGACCCGCGCGAGCGGUCGCCUGCGCGGCACUCUCCGGCGCCCUUCCUGCGUGUACGCACCCCCGAGACACCCGCGCCGAGGGCAGUCCCGAACGGCGCCGUCAACGGUGAGCGGCGCGUCCUCGUCCCUCCCCGCUUGCCUCCUCCAAUGCCACUCCUCGCGCCAGUCCCCCAGCCAAACAGGCCCAUUCGCGCCGCCUUCCUCCCCCGAGGUGGGCGCGGGCGGGCCCACAACGCUCCUCGCAGCCAUAACCCCAACGCGAUCCCCGUCACCCACCGCGGGCCGCUGACCUUCGCUGCGCUCGACGCGCGCCUGCACGCGCCGCGAGGGAACACGUACCUGCGUAUCCACGGCGCCGCCGCCGCCUCGCAGCUGGUAUGGACGGGCGAGCGCGCAAGCUCCGGCUUCAGCGCCGUCUCGCCAGCCUACGCGGGCCUCUCGCCCUCGGCGUACGCCGCGGCGCGCACAGCCCUCGCGUACGGCGCGCCGGGGUGGGUGCCGGGCCCUUAUCUGGCGGACAUGGCGGCGCGGCACGUCCUCGCCGAGGCGCCGGAGGACGGCACGAGCGCGUGGAUCUCGGCGACGAGCAGCCUCAACUGGGCCGUGUGGGCCGUUGCGCAGGCCCUUGUUGGCGGCGAGAACGAGGUGCGCAUGGCGGUCAUCGUGCCGACGGGCGAGGUGUUCCUGCCUGCUAGUCGGAUCACGUUGCCCCUCGCUGCCGCGAACCGGGCGAAAGACGCAGGCGAGGUGCUCUUCUUCGCCCGCGUGUUCGGCGGCUCGGUGACGGCCGACUUGGUGUGGACGUCCGAGGCGCUGCCCUUCGCCCUGCCGGCGCGCUUCUGGAAGACACGCGCACAGCGCCCGCUCGUCGGAUCAUGGCUCGACAACCUCCGCUUCGACCCGCGCGAGCCGUUCGAGCGCGCGGUCGCGCACAUGGGCGCUGGGGGGGAGGUGUGGCCUGAUCAGCCCGUCCACUCCCUUGGACACGCGUGGCCGCCGACUUCGAGCGACUCGGGCGACGCCGACAAGGACACCGCCGAGGUGCCAGUGGAGGAGAUGACCCUCCUCAGUUUGAGUCCUGCACCUGUGGUACGAGGUCUCCAGGCGCCGCUUGAGCCCGAGCGCUGCUUCCUGCUCUGGUGA